UGAAAACAAACAAGGUGUUACUAGAUAAAGUAAAAAUGUUUUCCAGUCAAAAUAUCUCCAUUUUUAGAUGUUGGCUUUGUCCCCCUUCACUCCUCUCCCCUACUCUUUCUCUCCCCCACACUCUCUUUUUCUUUUUCUCCCUUUCUCUCUCUAUCUCCAUCUCUCUCUCACCCUUCUCCCUCUAUCACCAUUCUCAAAAAUCCUCCGAUCACCAUCUCCGGCGAUGGAUUCAGUCGAAUUCUUCAACUCCGGCGACCAUUUUGACAAGAACCCAGAAACCAAAACCACCGCAGCUGACCUUUUCGCCGUCGACGACCUUCUUGAUUUCUCUGCCGAGGACGCCGGUGCCGGACUCGUCACUGCUGAUGUCAUCACUGAUUCCUCCGGCGCCGGCGGAGGCGGAGGAGGAGGUGUUACUGCCGUGGAAAGCUGCAAUUCAACGUCCUUCUCUGGAAGUGAUCAGCAUUUUGUUGGAGAUGUUAUGGGUCGCCGGACUUUGUUCGAUUCUCAUUUCUCCGAUCUCUGUUUGCCGCAAUACGAUGACCACGUGGAGGAGUUGGAGUGGCUAUCAAGCUUCGUGGAGGAAUCAUUUUCCAGUGAAGACUUGCAAAAGCUCCAGCUGAUAUCGGGUAUUAAAACCCGACCUGACUACGAACCCGAGCCCGAACCCGAUCGCAACAACACCAUGAACCCGGUUGCGCUCCUACCCGAAGCCCCUGUUCCCGGCAAGGCUCGUAGCAAGCGUUCACGCGCCGCUCCCGGCGACUGGACUUCAAGGCUGGUGGUCUUGUCGGAGCCAGAUCCUACCGACGUUCCCGACGGCGUAUUAGGGAAGAAAUCUGGUAAGGGUAGUAAGAAGAAGGAAAUAGAGAUUAAUGUCUCCGGCUCCGGCACCGGCGGAGGCGGAGGUGGUGGAGGUGGAAGUGAUGGGAGGAAGUGUCUUCAUUGUGCCACUGAUAAGACUCCACAAUGGAGGACGGGUCCAAUGGGUCCGAAGACUUUAUGCAAUGCAUGUGGUGUUCGAUAUAAGUCGGGUCGGCUUGUACCCGAGUACCGACCCGCUGCGAGUCCGACUUUUAUGCUGACAAAACAUUCGAAUUCUCAUAGGAAAGUUAUGGAGUUGAGGAGACAGAAAGAAGUUAGUAGAUCUUCUUCUCAUCAUCAUCAUCAACAUCAACAACAACAACAGAUGAUAAUUCAUGAUGGGAUGAUGUAUGAUUUACCUAAUGGUGAUGAUUACUUGAUUCAUCAGACUGUUGGGCAUGAUUUUCGUCAAAUGAUUUGAUGUUUUUGUUAGAACAGAAGGAUAGUUUUCGACGAGGACUAGUUUCAAGACCAACUUGUUUUUGUUGGAGAAGAAUUUGGAUUUUUUCUUUAUUUUUGAGUUAUUUUUUCCUAACAUACAAAACUUUUUUUUUUUUUUUUUUAGUUUUAAUUUGUCUUGAAUUCAUUUCCCCUGAGAAUUUUAUUUUCAAGAAGAACAAUUUUCAAUGAUUAUUAAUAGUUAACCUUUAUUGAU